AUGCAGAACAACAAGUGGUUCACGCUCCACGUCGCAGAGUACCUCAAGACGCACUCGGGUCAGGACACCGGCUUCUGCAACGCGAUGCUCAUCGACAGCGACACCCUCUUCGUUAGGCCGGUGGGGGGGUACCUGGUGGACUGCGGUGUCUCGCCUGACUGGGACGUGGGAUUCACGGUCUACGAUCCAGAGUUUGUCGUGCCUUGGGCGAGUGAUUCCGCUCAGGUGGGGAGGACGCGCGGCAAGGGGUUCUCCAGGAUCAACACGGGGGUGGUGCUCCUGAACCUGAGGGCUCCACGGGCCGUGCAGGACUUCCUCGUCCGGUGGGCGCAGGCGACGAUUUGGCUCACCAGCAGCGGGGAAGAAGACAUCGGUCACACGUGGCAGGAGCCGGACCUGCUGCGGUGGCAACACUGGCACGACGAGCUCGUCGAGGAGUUCAAGGGGCCCAACCAGGCGAGCAUGGCCCUGCUGGUGUGCUCAUACCAGAUCGACCGGCUGGGCGACGUGAUCGGUUGGGGAGCGGAGUGCGCGGCCUGCCUCGGCCCUGUGGAAGCGAGGCUCGACCUGAUCGACGGGGAGCGGGCCAUGCCAGUGCGCUUCCGGGCGCUGCCCGCGCGGGUGCUGAACCACCCGGAGUCCAUGCCCGAGGGCGCCUUCCCGCCUGACCUGGCGGUCGUGCACCUCAAGGGCCUCUGGUGGCGACUGGCCCUGCCCAGCGGCCGCGCCCGCUUCGUGGACCACUUCCGCAGGAGAGCGAGUGGAACCGCGACGCGCUGA